AUGUCGGGCGCGUUUGACAAACUCCUAGCCAAGGGCAAGGCAAAGCUCUCCGAGUUUACGGGUCCAUCGUCUGGCGGCCAUCACCAGCAAGGCUAUCCGGGCCAGGGCUAUCCAGGCCAACAACAUCAGCAAGGUUAUCCACCGCCUCAAGGCUACCCUCAAGCUCAACAGGGCUAUCCGCCGCCAAACCCGGGCCAGUACUCUGGCGCUCAGUACCCUCCACAGUAUCCGCCGCAAAACCAACAAUGGGGUGCGCCUCCGCAGCAACAGCAAUGGAAUGCCCCUCAACAACAGCAGUGGGGUUCGCCGCCUCCGCAGCAACAACCCUUUGCACCACCACCUAUCCCACAGGGAAGUAAGCCGCACACACCACAACCUAGCAGUCCUCCACCUAUACCUCAGAACCGCCCUCCAUCUGCGCAACCGCCACCGCCACAGAAUAUUCCUCCACCAUACACCGAGAAAGUAUACUGGAGGCCAUCCUUCGACAAGUCCACCCCCGUGUCACAAAACUUCCGCCACGAGAUCGGAGACCACGGCUGGGGUAACAAUGAGAAGCAAAUGUAUACCGACAGUCCCGAAAACUCUUUCCACCACGACAACCGCUUAAUCGUGCGCGCCCUGGUCGGCCCCGACAAAUGGACCUCUGCCCGCCUAACCUCUCACCAAACCCUCUCCCGACCGCGCGGCUACCUCUCCGCAACCUGUCUUCCCCCCUCCGCCCCCGGCAUCUGGCCCGCCUACUGGAUGCUCCCUGCCGACCCCUUCAAAUGGCCCACGGACGGCGAAAUCGACAUCGCCGAGAGCUGGAACGCCGAAACAGAAAACCACUCCUGUCUCCACUGGGGCUCCUACACGGGCGAAGACGCCCAGAAACACCGUGUCGUCAAGACCUCGCUACCUGAUCUCGCCCGCCAACCGCAUACCUACGGCUUCGCGUGGAUCGAAGAGGAAGGCAUUCCUGGUUGGAGAGGCCGUAUGAUUUGGUAUAUUGAUGGCAGACCGGUCAUGAAGGGGAGUAUACCCGAGGGAACGCGGCGUAUGGAGGAUUUUAGGAUUUUGAUUAAUAUUGCUAUGGGAGGUACGGUUAACCAGGGCAAGUUGCCUGCUGAGGGGUAUUAUGAUUUUGUGAUUAGUGAUCUUAAGAUGUGUGAGGAGCCCGUAGGCGGGUGGCAUGCGUUUGAGAGGGAUUGGGGGUGUACGCCUGAGGGGAAGGCGUUGUGA